AUGGCGCCCGAAGUAAGGUACAGAACGCACGAGCAGUCUCCCAAAGUGGACGUUUGGUCCCUCUUUGUCGUGAUUGGUAUUGUGACGCAGGCAGGAAGCCUUCACGACCUAAGGCUAGCCCAGUACGAAGACGUUCUGCAAUGCGUUCGAGCUGCGGCCGCUCAAUAUACAUUCCUCAGCCCGAUGGCACAGGAAGACCCCAAUCUGCGGGCUUCAGCGGCUCAGAUGCUUGUGAAAUGCUUUAACGGCGAAGGGAUGAGCACACCUCGGCAUCAAGUUGGCCGAAUACCAGACCCCGUAAGUGCCCAAGAAGCCUCACGGGCUCCCGAACAACGCGGUUCCGGUCCGAGGCCUCAAGCUCCACUGCUUAAACCCCUCAAACCUGCGGUCGGUAAUCUGAAGCGGCUCAACAAUGCGUCACCCAAACCUCUAGCGAAUGGUAAAGUCCCUCAGCGUGGCAUCCAUACAAGGGGGUUUCCUGAAAUGGAGAGAGGGCAAUUUCUGGGAUACCGGCGAUUCUCUUGA